AUGGGGCGUCCGCGAAGUGCGCCGCAUGCGGUGGGGCUGGACGCGAAUAAACCGCAGCCGCCGAGGCGUGUGGCCACUGCGGGGGGGCGCCACGCCGUUCUCCAGGACGCCUCCCAGGACGAGGUGGCGUUCUACGCGCAGCGGCUCGCCGAGAUUGCCGCGCAGCACGCAAAGCUGGAGCGGGAGUUCCAGCAACGCGGCACCGCCAACCGACGCGGAAUCCGAAAGAUGCACGACGAGAACACCCACCUGCGCACCAUCCGCGCCGGGACGAGUGACGUGACGGCGGCGGAGCUGGACCAGCUUGAGCAGUGCAAAUUCGUCGAGCGGCGCCGCCUCAAUCGCCUGACGCAUCAGCUGGAGAAGCUGCAGGAUGGUAUCAGGGAGGCCGAGGAGUUGCGCCGCCUCGACGCCGCGUUCCGCAGCGCACCCUCGCUGGAGGCCGUCUCCGGCAACCGCAGUGUGGUGCUGCGCAUUCAGAAGCUAGAGAAGCUGCUGGACGAGAUGAUGUCCGAGCAGCAAUGUAUCAACAACAUUAGAAACAUGUACACCAAGCUGCUGGAGGAGCUGAGGGAGGAGGAGGCUGGCCGCGAGUCCCGCGUGGCCGUCAUGGAGCGUGAGAUUGAUACCCGGCAGAGGCAGUACGAGAAGCUGGUGGUGAUGUUCCACAACGUUACCGCCGACCACCAGGUGGCGCAGGCGGCCCUGGAGGAGUUCAAGGACAAGUUUCAGAAGACGCGAAGGCUGAAGGAUAAGGCCCUCGGUGAGCGUCGCCAACGCGUGGAGCAGGCACUGAAGGAAACGCAGGAGCUCGAGCUUCGGGAGGUCAAGCUUCAGCAGGGGAUUGAGGAGGAGCAACAGCGCAUUGAGGACGCUGAGACGGAGAGGCAGGUGAUUUUGCACCGGCGGAAGCGCGCCGUGAGUGUGGCGGAGCGGCUUUCCACGGCCCAGCCGGACUCGCACUGGCAGGGGGGCGACAACGACGGCCUGCUGCAGACCAUCGGCGGGUCACCGGAGGACGAGGAGCGCCUCCGCGCCUACGAGGAAUCCCUCCGGAAGAUGAUGCGGGUCACAGAGUCCUCCACCGUUGAUGAGCUGGUGACAAAUUUCGAGCUCGAGUACGCCGCACGGCUGCAGCUGCAGAAUCAAUUGCGCGAAGAGAAGGAGAAUCUGGAGCAGCUCUCUGCGGAGGUGCAGCGCCUAAAGGAGGCGGAGGCGAAGGAGAAACUCUGCGGUGUCGGUCAACCCCCCGUCUCCUCCUGCCUGCGGGAGGAGCUCCUCACCUGCAUUGCGGAGGCCUCGAAGAAGCGGGAGGAGGCGAUGCAGGAAGGCAUGGGGCUGCAGAGGCUCUUUGCCGAGCUUCUGCGGCGUGUGGACGUGCUCGCCGCCGCCACUGCGAUGUAUCGCCCCGAGGUACGUGUGCCACCCACCACCGCGGACAAACUGCAGACAAACCUGCGAAUUAUUGGGCGGAAAAUACUGUCCCUCGCCGACGAGGCCGUCAGCUGCGACAAUGGGCCGAUCAGCACGGAGUCCAUGCUCGUCGUGGUGCCAAGCAGCAACACGCGUAUUGCGCUGCCGCCGCCAGGCGCUGCGGGUUCCACGUUGGACGGCGGCUCUAACGCCGUCGUUAGCGGGGGUGCGUCAGAGCCCGGUACGAGUAGCGACGGCAUCGUGCCCUCCAGCGAGCCACUCGAGAUCAGGUCCUCCAUCUGCUCCAGCGUGUCGUCUGGCGAGGAGGACUCACAGAGCUGUGAUCGUGGCGUCACGCUAAACGACAAUGAGGAUCCCCUUACGCGGGAUCAAAUCAAACGCUUGGCGGCCGUUGUGCUGCGGCGCGAGGCACGACGACGGCAGCAUGAGAAACGCCGUCAAGGAAGAGGAUGA